AUGGCGGAUCGAGUACAGAGCAGCGCGCACGGUAACCGUGGCGGACGUGGCGGAAACCGCGGCGGUCGUGGCGGCGGUCGCGGCGGGCAUAACAAUCGUGGCGGUGCCCCCGCUCCUCAAGAGAAGCCCAAAAAGGAGGCCAUUCUGAACCUCGGCAAGUACGUCGACCAGCAGAUCCGCGUGAAGUUUGCGGGCGGGCGUGAGGUCGAGGGUAUCCUCAAAGGAUACGACCAGCUGAUGAACCUCGUGAUGGACGAUGUGCAAGAAACGCUGCACGACCCCGAGACGGGCGACGUGAAGAGCAAGCGGACGCUCGGUCUGGCGGUGCUGCGCGGCCCUGCGCUGACGCUGAUUAGCCCCUCGGACGGAAUGGAGAUGAUCGAAAACCCUUUUGCACAGCCUGAAUAG